AUGCCUUCUACUAAAUCUAAUCAAAUACCACGAGUCUUAUCAAUUCAAAGCCAUGUUGUUCACGGAUUUGUUGGAAAUAAAUGUGCCGCUUUUAUUCUGCAGCUUUACGGUUUCGAAGUUGAUCUGAUCAAUUCUGUCCAUUUUUCAAAUCAUACUGGCUAUAAAACAGUAAAAGGUACUCGAUUACGUGUAGAUGAAUUGCAAUCAAUUUUCGAAGGCUUAUUAACUAAUGAUAUUUUAGAAUAUGAUUAUAUUCUUACUGGUUAUAUGGGCUCUGGCGAAUUAUUGCAUGUCGUAGCUGAACAUGUGAAACUAAUUAAAACUAAAUUCCCUCAUGUCAAAUACGUUUGCGAUCCAGUCAUUGGUGAUAAUAAUAAAUUGUAUGUUGAUCGAUCGUGCAUUGAAGUAUAUAAAAAUGAACUUCUUCCAUUAGCUGAUAUCGUUACACCUAAUGACUUUGAAAUCAAACUAUUGAUUGGAGAACAAUCUAAUGAUACUCAUACUGAAAAUGAAGAUAAUAGUAUUUGGCAAUCAUUGCGAACUUUACAUAGUAUGGGUCCAUCUCAUAUUAUUAUUUCAAGUAUAUCAGCUGAUAAAAUAGGCCGAAGUGAAAAUAUAUUACAAAUGAGAGCUAGCUCAAAAAUUUCGAAUGAUCAAUAUCAAACGUUCCGAAUCGAUUUUCCACGUUUAGAAAGUUCUUUUACUGGCACAGGAGAUUCAUUUUCUGCUUUAAUUCUUGCAUGGUUACAUAAAGAAAAUAAUUUAGUUUGUGCUUGUGAAAAAGCUAUAUCUAUUCUUCACCAGGUUUUAUUAAAAACUAUUGAAUUAUCUAAACCAAUUAGUAUUCAUAAUACAUGCGGAAAUGAAUUAUGUUUAAUUGAAAGUAAAACAAUUAUUGAAUCGGGUCAAAUAUUGUUUCGUGCUGUUUUUGAUAAGUGA